UCGAGCGGCCGGUCGGCCUCCCACUCCGCCUCCCACGGGUCUCUGGGGUCCCGCCGCCAUGUCCGAGGCGUAUUUCCCGGUGGCGUCGGGCGCGCUGGGGCCCGAGGAGAACUUCCUGUCCUUGGACGACAUCCUCACGUCCCAGGAGAAGCUGCCCGUGCGCACGGAGACGGCGCUGCCGCGGCUGGGCGCCUUCUUCGUGGAGCGGGGCGCGGGCGCGGAGCCGGACAGCGCGCUCCCGCAGGGCUCCAAGCUCGAACUUCCCUUGUGGCUGGCAAAAGGACUUUUUGACAACAAGCGCCGCAUCCUUUCUGUGGAACUGCCCAAGAUCUACCAGGAGGGCUGGAGGACAGUGUUCAGUGCAGAUGCCAAUGUGGUGGACCUCCACAAGAUGGGGCCACAUUUCUAUGGGUUUGGCUCGCAGCUCCUGCAUUUUGACAGUCCAGAGAAUGUAGACAUCUCCCAGUCUUUGCUGCAGACUUUCAUUGGACGCUUCCGCCGCAUCAUGGACUCCUCCCAGAAUGCUUAUAAUGAAGAUACAUCAGCACUGGUAUCUAGGCUAGAUGAGAUGGAGAGGGGCUUAUUUCAAACAGGACAAAAAGGAUUGAAUGACUUUCAGUGUUGGGAGAAGGGUCAGGCUUCUCAGAUCACAGCUUCCAGCCUCGUUCAGAAUUACAAGAAGAGAAAAUUCACUGUCAUGGAAGACUGAAAGCAGAACACAGAAUUGUUGCUGGUGGACUUGUCCUUUGUGUGUUCUUGAUAAGACCUAGUUCACCUCAUAUAAGAUCAAAUGUGUCCUGUUGCAGGGCUUUUAACCUACAGCAGUUUCAAGGCUCAGCAUCUCAAGUUGGGGGAGCAUGGCAUGGAUGCCCAGUACUGCCCUACCUUGUUGACCCACCAUCCCUGAAUUUUGACCCAAAAACACAAGGCCAAGGAGAAGUCAAAUUCCAUCGUAUUUAAGGAAUAUGGACAUAAUGCAUUGCAGUGGAGUUGGAGCUUGGACAACCUCAGAUAUCUAGUUUCACUGGCUGCAAAGGACAGGUACAAAGUGGGUCAUGUUUUCCACUCACAAAAUGUUCUCUUGGGCUUAUUUGCCUCAUCUUCCCUUCCUCAUGGUUGAGUAAAAGACAGCAACACCAUGAUGCUGGCCUGACUUAAUAACUCCUGCUGCUACCCACCUGCAGGGAAUUACCCCAAUUCCAAAACAGGAAAUUGAGAGAAAGGGGGAAAGUCAGAUGUAUGGCAAGGUAAAAAAGAGAGGAUGUUGCUUUUGUACCUGGAAUCGGGGCCAUGUGAGUUGGAAUCACACACUGCAGUCACCCAGAAGGUCAUGGUCUGGUUGUGUUGGUAACAUACGGUUCAUCCCCCCCCCCCCCACACACACACACUCUUCCAUUCCCUGUCUAGAGAAGCUGUCAGGAAGGUGUUAGGAAUUGCAAAGUAGUAAUUAAAGGGUGUUAACCAGCCUUUGUUACAUCUGGGUAUCAGAGCUAGAAGUUGCAGGGUGUGAACAGCCCAAGCUGAGAAACUUAACAUGGCAAGUGUUAAGUGGAUAAAGCACCUUGAUUAUAUUUUUUUCUCUUCAGGAAAUUUUGCAGUAUGAAUGCAAAGAGAACUCUUGACCACUUACUGCCAGGCUUUAAACAAGUACAGAGUCUUCUAGGCGAGCGAGGAAGAAACCUCUGGCUGAAUAAGAAAUAGCAUGACCUGGGAGCCGUGGACUGUCCGUUGUGCAGCUUCUCCAUGACACGUCCUCCUCCAAAACGCCACAGCUAGUGAAUAAUGCCUGUGCUGUUUACAGACAGACUGGCGUGUCUAGAUCACAUCACACAGGUGUCUUGGCAUAAACUUAGAAUGAUACAUGAGCUUAAAAUAUCUGUUUUAAGAUGAUAUUAUUGUUUCUACAAUUUGAUUUUAGUUCUAAAUAAAUGGUGGGCUUUCCUGUGUUGUA